AUGGGUCCCUGUACGGCCUCCCAUUGCUGCUGUCUCCAUCGCCACACUCUGCCAUGUGCCACUUUCAGGUCUCCUCACACUCCUGCUGGUUUCCAUUUUGUCAUAGGUUGCUGUAUGGCCUCCAUUGCUGCUGCCUCCACCGCCACACUGUGGCUCCAAACACUGGUUUUGGCCCCGUGACUGGCCAAAUGAGUGAAAACUGUGCGGUGAUUCUAAGAUCGACGGCACUCAUCUGCAUGUCAUACUGACUGACAGUAUUAUUUCUCUUCCCCAGCAGACUCCAAGGGCAUUUAAAUUAAAGGUACAGUGUUCUGCACUAAUAUUA